AUGAGCUUGGAGGAAGGAAUCUCUUUGCCCUAUACGAAGGGUAAAAUCGAUGUGGAGAAGCCCUUAGAUUCAGAAUCUGAUUACUCAAGAACUUUUAAACCAGGAAGACCUUCAACACCAUCUCAAAGUGCUGCAAGAAGUGCAACAGGUUUGCUUAUGCAUUAUAAGAAGGGGAUUUUGAUUUUAGCAACUCUUUUAUUCUUAUCUUUUUUCACGUCUGUCCCCUUGAUUCCACAUUUCAAGACCUCUUCUCCUAAAGUUGUUCUUAUUUUGGCCGCGAAUGAAGGUGGAGGUGUUCUUAAAUGGAAGGGACCUCAAGAAUGGUCUGUGGAACGUUCAUCUAUUGCUAAUAAACAACAAUAUGCUAAAACCCAUGGAUAUGGUUUGACCAUCAAGGAUAUGACCAUCAAGAAAAGAUACUCUCAUGAAUGGAGAGAAAGUUGGGAAAAGGUUGAUAUUUUGAAGGAAACCAUGAGGCAAUUUCCUGAUGCUGAAUGGUUCUGGUGGUUAGAUUUGCAUACCUAUAUUAUGGAACCACAAAUCUCUUUGGAAGAACAUUUCUUGAAUGAUUUGCAGAAUCAAACUUAUAGAACUUUGGAAAACUUUAACCCAUUAGGUCUACCUGUUGAUCUUCCAUAUGUUGAUUAUAAUAAGCCUAUAGAUUUGAUAAUAACUCAAGAUUGUGGUGGAUUCAACUUGGGUUCCUUUUUAAUUAGACGUUCUGAUUGGUCCGAAAUGUUAUUGGAUUAUUGGUGGGAUCCUGCUAUGUAUGAACAGAUGCACAUGCAAUGGGAACACAAGGAACAAGAUGCUUUGGAAAGCUUGUAUAGCACACAAGCAUGGAUUAGAGAACGUACAGCUUUCUUACCAUUGCGUAAAAUAAAUGCUUUCCCUCCUGGUGCCUGUUCUGAUAAGGCCAAAGAUCCUCAAUAUUUCUUCCAAAUACAUGACUUUGUCAUCAACAUGGCUGGUUGUGAGUAUGGUAGAGAUUGUUGGGGUGAAAUGGAACACUACAAGGCUUUGUCAAAGAAACUUCAUCUUAAUUGGUGGAAGUUUUGGUAA